CCAGCAGCACGUUGCUGCUGCUUCUCUGGGCCUCACAGUAGCUCUAUGUAUUCCCCUUGUCCUGGUUGUCAGGUAUCGAAAGAGUCGCGUCUACCUCAUCGCUCCUCGGGCGCUCAAUAAGUCGGUCAUGGAACGUACACCACCAGCAACUACAACAGCGGCAGCAGUCCGCAGAGCUCCGGAGGAGGACGAGCAGGUGUUCUCGCUGUACGGCCGUGGUGAUGGCGACAGCAGUGUCGAUGCCGAGCCACUCGCCCCGCCGAUAGAGCUGUCGGGAAGCGUCCUUGCCUUGUUGGAUUCGUUCGAUGUCGAUCCAGUGCGAGGCUUUUUGCCUCCGGUGGAUCCCUUGCGACGGCUGCCCCAACGGGAGUUGCAACCCUGGGAGGCGAUGGCCGCAGCGCUCCCCUCCCUCUUGGCUGUCGGGCAAGCCCGCAAGCCUUUAGAAGAGCUCCCCGAGCUGUCCAUAGACGUGCUCACGUGCCAACGGGAAAGGAUGCGUGCGCUGCUGCUCUUGUGCGUGUUCGCUCACGCCUCCGUGUGGGGAAACCCUGAGCGGCCGCAGGGGACCAUCCCGAAGGGCAUCGCCGUUCCGCUGGCGGCGCUGGCGGCAGCGGAGGGGAUGCCGCCGCUUCUCACACACACCUCCCUGGUGCUGCACAACUGGCACCGGCUGGACCCCGCCGGGCCUCUUCGCGCGGAGAACCUGGCCUGUAAUUGUCACUUCUUGGGCGGGCUCGACGAGACGUGGUUCUACAUCUCUACGGUGGAGAUCGAGGCCAGGGGGGGGGGCGUGUUCGGAGCUCUGCUGGAGGCUCAACACGCCAUCGCAGAGGCUGACAGCGGCAGCGAUGCAUCGCCGGUGGCGGGGGUGGUGCUGGAGGCCCUCGCCGUGGCUCGCGCCGGGAUCGUGAGCAUGCGGGAGGCUCUGGCGAGGAUGCCGGUCGGGUGCCACCCGCUCAUCUUCUACCAGCGGGUCAGGCCUUUUCUGUCCGGGUGGAAGGCGAACCCGACCCUCCCCGACGGGGUGGUGUACGAGGGUGUUAGCUCGAAGAAACGGCAGUAUUACGGCGGCAGCGCGGCUCAGAGCACCCUGUUCCCCGCCCUCGACGCGGCGCUGGAGGUGUCCCACUCGGCGCACUCGUCCAACGCCUUCCUGCUGGAAAUGCGCGACUACAUGCCUCCAGGCCACCGCCGGUUGCUGGAACACCUCGCGGACCCCGCGUGCCCCAGCAUCCGCCGGUUCGUUCAAAACUUCGCCCGAAGAAGUUCGCAAGCGCUGCCGUCGAAGAGCGGUGACGCCGGGACGGGAGCCGACCAGCCAGACGACGAAACCGUCAAAAGUGGCGAAACGACACCGGGAAAUGGCUGCCUCGGGGGGGAUACCUCUGCGGCGGCCUCCUUGAGAGAGGCGUACAACUCGUGCUUGGGUGCGCUCAGCGAUUUCAGGAGCACGCAUUUGGGCAUCGUAGGCUCUUACAUUUUGCAGCAGCAGAAGAAGGACCAGAAGGCGGGGGAAGCCAAGUCGAGGGAGGACUUCGCCGGGGGCAAGGGCACGGGAGGGACGCCGCUCCUGGACUUCCUCAAGCCGCUCAAGAACGACUCUCGCGCCGUCCGCCUCGAGUGACCCGGCCACUGUGUGGCUUUUGUCGUGUUUUAGUUGGCGGCGGCAUCGCCCUGAACUGGAGGCUCUCAAUGUGCCGCACAUAGUCGCGUUAGGACAGCAGUCGAUUUUUAGGACCGCGGGUGGUUUUUUAGGGUAGUGAAGUAUUGUUGUUGUCUCCGAAGUUUUUGUCCACAGGUAGGUGCGAUACCGCAGUGUAUGGUCUGGUUGUGUUGAAGGUAUUGGUACUACCACAGCCAGGCUUUGUUUGCACUUGGAAGCGGCGCAUCGUUGCACACAACAAGGCGAACUAGCGUUGUUGACGUGAUGGGGUCUUUUUCGAAAUAAGAUGGCCACCAGACUGUCUUGUUGAUCCGUUGAGCCACCCGCAGGGGAGAUAGACAUCACUCAUGUAUGCUGCUCUGAGAUUAGAAGAAAAACAGGUGUGGGUCGUACGACACUAACUUCAUCGGUAAAUUUAUGCCGCACUUUGUCUAUGGAUAGAUAUGGUUUGUUUUGUGCAGACGCUCUGGUCGAUGGAUACCAAUGGUUCGUGUUGUAGAGAUGACUUUGUUUCUACAAGAAAUGUGUGAAAUCUU